UUACAAAAGUCUAAAAAAGAAGGAACAUUAAUACUGAGCUUGCAGAGAUAAAAAUAAUUAUAAGAAAAUGCCAUGAAAAACUAUACCAUAAAAUUAGAAAAAUCAGCUUGAAAUAACAAAUUUUGAGAGAGAUACAAGUGAUCAAAACUGGAUUCAAGAUGUAAUAAAAAUAUUAAUAGACCUAUACAAGGAAAGAGAUGGAAAAGUAGUUUUAAAAACUUUUCACAAAGAUUACAAACCAAGAUAGUUUUACUGGUGAAUUCUUCCAAACAUUUAAAGAAGAGUUAAUAAUGAUACUUCACUUAUUCUUCCAAAAAACAGAAUACCCUGAUGAGAAACAGAAUUUUCUCAUCUAACUCGUUUGAUGAGAAAAUUAUUAUCUUAAUAUCAAACAAGACAAAUUAUAAGAGAGAAAACUGGAGACCAAAAUUUUAAUAAAUAAAGAGAAAAAAGUCCUCAACAAAUUACUAGAAAAUCAAACCCAGACCAAGAAGCAGCUUCUAUGCUCCUUCUGGAAUUUCCACCUGGUUCAGCCCACCUGCCUCCACUCCUGCCUCCACCAUGUCCAUCAAGGUGACCCAGAAGUCCUACAAGGUGUCCACCUCUGGCCCUCCAGCCUUCAACAGCCACUCCUACACGAGUGGGCCCGGUGCCCACAUCAGCUCCUCGAGCUUCUCCCCAGUGGGCAGCAGAAGCUUCUGGGGUGGCCUGGGCAGAAGCUAUGCUGGGGCCAGGGGCCUGGGAGGCAUCACCACCAUCAUGCUCAACCAGAGCCAGCUGAGCCCCCUUAACCUGGAGGUGGACCCCAACAUCCAGGUCGUGCGCACCCAGGAGAAGGAGCAGAUCAAGACCCUCAACAAGUUUGCCUCCUACGUUGACAAGGUACGAUUCCUACAGCAGAAGAACAAGAUGCUGGAGACCAAGUGGAGCCUUCUGCAGCAGCAGAAGAUGGCUGGGAGCAACAUGGACAACAUGUUGGAGAGCUACAUCAACAACCUUAGGCCACAGCUGGAGACUCUGGGCUGGGAGAAGCUGAAGCUGGAGGCCAAGUUUGGCAACAUGCAGGGGCUGGUGGAGGACUUCAAGAACAAGUAUGAGGAUGAGAUCAAUAAGCAUAAGAUGGAGAAUGAAUUUGUCGUCAUUAAGAAGGAUGCGGAUAAAGCUUACAUGAACAAGGUAGAGCUGGAGUCUCACAUGGAAGGGCUGACUGAGGAGAUCAACUUUCUCAGGCAGCUGUAUGAAGAGGAGAUCUGGGAGCUGCAGUCCCAGAUCUCAGACACGUAUGUGGUGCUGUCCAUGGACAACUGCUGCUCCCUGGACACGAUGGACAGUAUCAUCACUGAGGUUAAGGCACAGUACGAGGAAAUCGCCAACCGCAGACAGGCGGAGGCUCAGAGUAUGCACCAGAUCAGGUAUGAGGAGCUGCCGUCGCUGGCUGGGAAGCACCAUGAUGACCUGUCGCAUACAAAGACUGGGAUCUCCAAGAUGAACCAGAACAUCAGCCAGCUCCAGGCUGAGACUGAGGACCUCAAAGGCCAGAAGGUUUCCCUGGAGGCUGCCAUCGCAGAUGCCAAGCAGCGUGGAGAGCUGGCAGUUAAGUAUGUCAACACCAAGCUGUGGGAGCUGGAGGCAGCCCUACAGCGGGCCACGCAGGACAUGGAACAGCAGCUGCAUGAGUACCAGGAGAUGAUGAAUGUCAAGCUGGCCCUGGACAGCGAGAUCACUACCUACAGGAAGCUGCUGGAGGGCAAGGAGAGAUGGCUGGAGUCUGGGAUUCAGAACAUGAGUAACCAUACUAAGACCAUCAGAGGCUAUGUAGGUGACCUGAGCUUGUCCUAUGGGGGCUUCAUAAGACCCAGCCUCAGUUAUGGUGUGGGCUGCAGCUUUGGCUCUGGUGUGGGCUUCAGCUCCUUCAGUCACACCAGCUCCAGCAGGGCCGUGGUUGUGAAGAAGAUCGAGAGCUGCGAUGGGAAGCUGGUGUCCAAGUCCCCCAACAUUUUGCCCAAGUGA